GAAAGCCCGAGCUGCCCGCACCGCUGCUGGCAGUUGCAGGGCUUAAGUUGCGGCGGGAGGCUCAGGGGCUCAGACCGCGCGGGGCGGCCGCCAGCUCGCACCUGGCACCUGCACCUGCUGUUACCUGGCACCUGCUACCUGCCCGGCCGGGGCCGCGGUCGGGAUCCGUCUAACGCCGCGUUCCCUUGCGGGGGUGUGUCGGGGGGAGCCCUUUUUCCGACUGUCAAAAUGGUUAUCAAAGUGUUUGUUGCCACAUCUUCUGGGUCCAUAGCGAUUAGGAAGAAGCAGCAAGAAGUAGUAGGCUUUUUGGAAGCUAAUAAGAUCGACUUUAAGGAAUUAGACAUUGCUGGAGAUGAAGACAAUAGGAAGUGGAUGAGGGAGAAUGUUCCUGGAGAGAAAAAACCUCAAAAUGGAAUCCCUUUGCCCCCCCAGAUCUUCAAUGAAGAGCAGUAUUGUGGGGAUUUUGACUCUUUCUUCUCUGCAAAAGAAGAGAAUAUUAUUUAUUCAUUUCUGGGUUUGGCUCCCCCUCCAGGCUCAAAGGUGAAAAAAUCAUCUGAGGAAACAUCUCUUCCCAAUGGUGAUGUAGCGGGAGAGGAACAGAGCAGUGCAGAGGGAACAGAGAAGACUGAAGAGAGUGGAGAAAACGAGGCACAAAAAGAGGACAACGGGGAUGCGGGCGACCUUGCCGAGUCUCAAGAGAAGAAUACGGAAGAAGUAACAGAAGAGGGAGCAGAAGGGGAAGCAGAGGAAGAGGAAGCUGAGGAAGCUGAGAAAGGAGAAGAAGAGGCCGGAGAGGAAGAAGGAGAAGAUUCUUAGGCCUCUUCAUGCUUUACUUCUUCAGCUUUUCCAGAAAACCUAAGCUACGAAGCAGUAUUUCAACUGUCUGCUCACAAACCAAACUCAACAAAACGCUUUGGCGUGAAGCUAGCCCACCUCUCUCGGUACACCCGGGUUUACUGAGGAUUGUACCACCUGAUGUGGUUAGAUGUACAUGGAUAUGUCUACCUAAUCUUAGCAACGUGAAAUUCUAUGUGAAGACAACUCAUGCAUACUUUCAUGUGCCUGACAUCCAUGGCCUUUGCUUAAAUUUUUUUUUUUUUUAGGGGCGCCUGGGUGGCUCAGUGGGUUAAGCCGCUGCCUUCGGCUCAGGUCAUGAUCUCAGAGUCCUGGGAUCGAGCCCCGCAUAGGGCUUUCUGCUCAGCAGGGAGCCUGCUUCCUCCUCUCUCUCUGCCUGCCUCUCUGCCUGCUUGUGAUCUCUCUCUGUCAAAUAAAUAAAUAAAAUCUUAAAAAAAUUUUUUUUUUAAAUUUUUUUGCUCUGCAUGAAUAGAUCUUCUUACUAAUGCCCUGGAAGAAAAAAACAAUUUUGAAAAAUGAUUUCAAAAUUUAGAACUUCUCUUUGUGGUGUAAUAAAAGUAUUUCUUUGUAUGUUCCUUCUGCCACUUGGCUCAGAAUUAGCUGAAAAGAGCUUUGAAAAUAAAGAGCUUUCCAUAAAACAAUCAUACAAAUAAAGAUUAAUGGCAGAUCUCUUG